AUGUCGCCAUUUCGUAUCGUUAUUGCUGGAGGUGGCAUCGCUGGCCUCACAGCCGCCAUCGCACUCCGCGGGCCCAACAGACAUAUUACGGUAUUGGAACAGUCGAGCCUGAACAAGGAAAUUGGAGCUCUUGUUUCCCUGCAGCCUAACGCGUCCAAGAUCAUCCAAUCUAGCUGGGGUCUGAAAAAUGAACUGCACGGUGCCCGGGAGAUGGUAGACGAAGGCUUUCGAAUAUACAACACAGAUGGAAAGCUGGUGAAUACCAUCCCCCUUCUUGCUAGGACCAUAUAUGGCUCCGAACGACUCUUGUUUCAUCGGAGAGAUCUCCAUGAUGUUCUGAAAGAGGCUGCUGUUUCACCCAAUCGCAAGGGAGAGCCCGCCGUCUUGCGAGUAGCGUCGCGGGUGGUUGGAUGUGAUGCGGUUGCAGGGAUCGUGGCUCUAGAAGAUGGCGAAAGAAUCGAGGCGGACUUGAUAAUCGGGGCAGAUGGGAUCGUGCUUCGGAAACAUGUUCUGGAUUCGGAGCCUUGCGCAAUGCCAACAGGCCAUUCUGCAUACCGCCUCAUGAUUCCCACUAAGAUUCUUGAAGAAAAAGAACCGGAAUUCUGCGCCAAAAUCAACCCUCGGGAUCCAUUUACGUCAAUGAUAGUUGCUCAUGACUGUCGUUUGGUCAUGGGCCCCGGAAGACAGGGCGAAGUAUAUGGAAUUGUGGCUCUAGUGCCGGAUGACCAAAUGAACGAAGACCCCCACGCAAAACAUUCUUGGGUAUCAAAAGGUGAUUUGGAGAAGAUGCUAAAGACCUUUGCCGAUUUUCCAACCUGGGUAACUGAGAUCUUCAAACAUUCGCCGGAUCUUGGGCUUUGGCAGCUUCGGGAUCUUGACCCCCUCACAAACUGGCAUCAUGGCCGGUUGAUUCUGAUUGGCGAUGCUGCACAUGCUAUGCUACCAACACAAGGUCAGGGUGCUAGUCAAGCGAUCGAAGAUUCGGAGGCAUUGGGCGCCUUUUUUGAGGGCGUCACGGAGGCACCUUCUUUCCAUGCCCUUACAGAGACUCUAGAGAAGGAACAGAACAUCUUCCAGACCCGGUAUGCCCGAGUCAGCCUGAUCCAAGCAUACAGCCGACAGGCAGCCAAACCUGCGACGGACAAAGGCGCCAAAUUGGUAAAAAUGAAACCGGAUGAGUUUAUGGACUAUAACUGUAAGUAUUCCGGGGCAAAGCAGUGGAGACUGGAGCAGCUGGCAAAUUAA